AUGCAUCAGGAUAUACCUCAAAUUUUAAAAACGUUGCCCCUAAGCGAUAGCACAGUAAAGCGACGAAUUGAUGAAAUGGCAGUUAAUGUUGAAAACAAACUUAUAAGUAUUCUCCAAAACUCUUCAUUUUCCAUGCAAUUGGACGAAUCUACCAUUGCAGAUAAUGAUGCUUUAUUGAUGGCAUAUGUACGCUAUUUUGAUGAAAACAAUAUAUUACGAGAAGAAAUGCUAUUCGCAAUAACUCUCACAGAUACAAAAGGAUUAUCUAUAUUUAAUACUGUGAGAACAUACUUUACAAAAAAUAAUAUUCCUUUGAAUAAAAUUGUUGCAUGCGCUACUGAUGGAGCACCAUCAAUGGUAGGUCGCUAUCGUGGAUUUGUUGCUUAUUUGAAGCAGGAAGUGCCAAAUGUUUUAUGUAUUCAUUGUGUGGUGCACAGACAACAUCUUGUAGGAAAACAUCUAAGUACAAGUCUCCAUUCAUCAUUAACUAUAAUAAUUCGAGCCGUAAGCAAGAUCAAAUCCAAUGCAAAGAAUGAUAGAAUGUUUCGGCAGCUUUGCCAGGACAAUAAUGAAGAUUUUAUUAAGUUACUUUUGCACACACAAGUUCGGUGGCUGUCAAAGGGUACAUCUUUGGCUAGAUUUGUAGCAUUAUAUGAUAGUGUCAUACAAUUUUUUGAAAGUAAUAAUGAGACCAAUCUGUGUCAACAGUUAAAAACAGUAAAGAAUGAUGCCUUUUACUUGGCAGAUAUUUUCAAGAGAUUUAACGAUGUCAAUUUGCAGCUUCAAGGAGAUAAUAAAACUCUUAUAGGUUGCCAAAGUAUUGUGCUAUUAUUUAUUGACAAACUUGAACUACUUCGUCAUAAUCUAUUGAAGAGAGAAUUUCAUCAGUUUCCUCAAUUAUCAUCUAUAAAAGAUGAUGCAACUCCAGAGGAUAUUGACAGAUUCAGUAGCCACCUCAACGAACUUAAAUUGGACAUGGAAAAACAAUUUGAAGAUAUUUUGAAAUUGAAGGUAUAUGACUGGAUGAAAAAUCUUUUUACCGCAAAUAUUGAAGAGGCUGAUACAACUUGCCAAGAAGAACUGUUAGAAAUUAGAUAUGAUGAAGAAAGUAAACAUAAAUUCGACAGUGGUGGAUAUGAAAACCUAUGGCAAAAUAAAAAAAAUGCCGGUCUUAUAUCCAAAUAUGUGGAAAAUGGUAUUUAG